GAGCGCUACGCGUCUUGAACAAGCUCAUCGCCCCGAUAGUCAAAAUCAUGAGUGACGAAAACGAGAUGAACACUUCGGCUCUGUUGUGCGGAUCAGCGAUGACGGCCAUGCAAGCCAUCAUGGACAAGCAUCCGAAAUUCAUUGCUGGUGACAGACUCGCUAGCGUCAUUUAUGCCGUCGGGAGAAUUUCUUCCUUGCCGGAUUAUGAACGUCAAACUGGGGACUCCAUUGUUUGGUCAAAAAUCAACCAGAUCAAGAAAGUUUUGGCGACGGCAAUAGAAUCACGAGUGUUGUGUCCCGCUAUCUUGUCGGCCUAUCGGAAAGCAUGCAAGGAUGUCGCUGCGGGAAAGUCGAAUCCGACACAGUGUAGAAGCGGACCAGUGGUGGAGUUUUUAAUGUCGAUUGUGGAAGCUCAUUUCACAGUGAUUGACCGCAAAGCAGUUGGAGUCCUUGUUCGAGAAGUCGAGUCGAUGUUCAUUGAGUUCUUCGACUACAGACGAUUGUUCGUGAAGGACUAUAGGAAACCGAAAGAAUAUGCGACUGUGGACUUGAAUGUUAGCAGGACAGAAGAUUCUAUCGUGAAAGCGUUCCUGGCUCCCAUUAUGAAGCUUUCCGCUGAAGGAUUUGCUCCUGUGUUCUACAAG